UCCAGUCCGAACACAGAGUCCUCUGCCCACUUUUCCAUACUACGCCGCUGCGAUAUUGUCAGUUGAUGGAAUGAUGGUUGGAAAAUGGAAGAAGCAUGUGAAAUGCUAAGAAAUAUUACUGAAAUGCCGCAAAGAUCGAGGCAUUCAGAAUGGGAGGGUGCAUAGGAAUCAGCCGAUCCAGAAGUGAUGGGAUAGACGACCCUUCAGGAAAUGUUACAAGGCCAAAUUCAGGAAAUACACGGAAGAACCACCCCUUGUGCCAUGAAACUAUUCGCUGGAAGUCAGAUGUGCCAUUGACUGAAGGCCAGCUUCGCAGUAAGAGGGAUGAAUUCUGGGACACAGCUCCAGCAUUUGAUGGACGAAAAGAGAUUUGGGAUGCUUUGCGUGCAGCAGCGGUAGCAGCAGAAGCUGUUGAUUUUGAACUUGCACAAGCUAUUCUAGAUGGAGCAAACAUAUCAGUUCCUAAUGGUUUCUUGACAGAAUGCUAUGAUGAGUUGGGUACUCGUUAUCAAGUGCCAGUCUAUUGUCUCUCCUAUCCCAUCAACAUUGUAAAAGAAGACAGCGGAAGAGAUUCUCCAGCUGAAUGCUCAGAACCAGUUGAUGGCGGGACAGAAAUGGUUUUGAAGCUCCGACUAUCUUCAACGUGUAUGGAUGUGAAAUUACCAGUGUGUACUAAGGAUACCAUAGGAAUGGCAAAAAAGAAAUUGCAGAGUCAAGAAGGAUUAGAACCAUCUCGACAGAGGUGGUUUUUUGGUGGGAAGUUGCUUGGCGAUAAGCUGCGCAUUGAAGAAGCAAAGAUAAUGCCUGGUUACGUGGUACAAGUGAUAGUGAAUCAUGAUCAGAUGUCUAGAGUGGAGAGUUGAACUGCAAAUACUGCAGAUUGAUUAUAACUUGAUGUGUUUUAAUACAAAGCAUGUUCGACUGAACAUUGUUAGAAGUGAUACAUGCUUUAUUGUUUUAAAUAUACAACAGAAAUUUAUUGAAAUUUUUUAUUGAGGUAUAAAGGUGUAUUAUCUAACAAGAAAACGGGUGUGAAUUACUAAUCAAGUUCUUUCUUCUUCUUCCUGUUCAUUUAUAUGAUUAGCAUGGCACUGGAUAAAAUACAUCAGUACAUUUAUAUUAUGUUGGAAUGGAAUUAUGCUACAAUGGCACAGUUUGUUUCUGAAACAAUGAAUUAGUUUUGACAUUUCAUAUUCAGUGCACAUGUAAUAUACCUACACAAUACUCCAGAUGGUUUACACUUUUAAUUACAAUUAUAAUUUAGAAGUGAUGGUUUAGAAUUUCAAUAUCUUGAGAUACAAGUUAAAUACUGAGAAACUAAUUUUUAUACAUAUCGAACAUUCUAUAGGGAGGCAAGCUACUGUUUGCAAACUACAUGGAGAGGACAUUUUUUUAUAUUUUUAAGCAAUCUACUCUGUAUAAGUAGCAUUCUACUAUGACCCAGUCUCACUCACUUGGGCAAGAAGGUGACUGCUCAAAGUUGUUUGCUCCUGUCAUUUCACAGGAUGUUUAUAAUUUCUUCAUGAAAAUUCAGUCAAUUCUGAAAACCUGGCACAGACUUGGCUAAGUUGUAUUAUGUUAUAUAGUUCUGAAACUAUUCUUGACUAAGAAGUUUCAGAUGUGCUAAGCUUAAAUUACCGCAUAUUUAAAAGCUUGCAGCUACAGUUGUCGUCCUGAGUACUGACUGAUAUUCAAAUAGGAGAUAUGAGCAAAGCAUUUCUUCUGAAUAUAUUUAAUUAUAGUACCACUCAAUAAUUUAUUUUAAAUACUGUCAAGAGAACAAUAUUUAUUCAUUCACAUAUAAAAUAUAUAACUGUCAAUUGACUACACCAAAUGUUGCAGAGCAGAAUGGUUAGCACUCCUUUUUUGUGUCGGGAUGUCCUGGUUCAAAUUUCAGCCCAGAGACCAGCUAUCCUGACAGGUUUUUCAAUAUUUCCUCAGUUUGUCCAGGCAAAUGCCAAGAUAGUACCUUAAAUUUGGCUGUGACUGUUUCCUUCUAUAUCCUUUCCAGUUCAUUAAUUAUCCAACACUAGUCUCAGCUACUGAGGUAUUCUAUCAUAACAUAAAUCCUACGCAGCUGUGAAUUUACAUACUUAAAUUUAUCCUAGAACAAUGAUUAUGACACAUUAUAGCAAGCUAACUGUAAUACAAUAGAAAGCAAUAAACCAAUGUCAGUGACACUAAGCUUGCUUUAGUAAACAACAUGGUUUGAACAUUAUUUGUCUGAUGAUGACAUAACUGCAUCAAAACAGAUGUCAACAAGAUAGAUAUUUUGAGUAUCAAUGAAUAAAUAUUGCUGACAGUACUCAUAAUUAAUGUAGUAUAUGUAAUGGGAAUGUCCCAACACCUUUUUUGUAAAUGAACAUUUGUUGUAUUUUUGUUGACAAUACUUCAGUUAUAGUGAAAAAUGUUGGUGUUUAGGAUUUCAGAGUUUUUUCAAAACAAUGUUAUGAGUGGUAGAUAAGUUAAAGUUUGAAAAUAUUUGAUUCUUUAAUAUCAUCAUAAGGCAAUGAGAAACUUUCUCUAGACCAGAAAAUGAGAUGUCAGUUUCUCAAAAGCAUUAAUUUUGUAUUUGUUUUUAUGUUCAAUAUCAACUGAAAAUAGCGAUUCUCUAUUUAAUCUGUUCAGUACAGAUCCUAUGGUAUUUGUUACUUUACCUUGUAUGCAUAAUGAUUUUAACUUAUUUUAUACAUAAUUAAAUUGCAUCACUAACUGAAUGUUUGAUGCCAGGAAAUGUGUAGCGAUUUCCUGAUUGAAAGAAAAACGAUUAAAUUCAGACAGGUUUACUAUAUACUUGUUCAAAGAAAUGGCUAUGGACUCUCAUAAAAAGUAGGCAAACACCAAAAAGGUUGGUUUCAUAGAUUGACAUCGUCAGUUACAAACAAAGGCAGCUGCUGCAAUCUACUCUUGAUUGGGAAUCUCAUUAAUGUACAUAGUGUACAGGUAGAUGUAUGAAAUCAAUUUCAUAAACAUUCUUCAAAUAGUAGAUAAAACUACCUCAGAACUUAAGAGUAAUAUAAACAACUGGAAAAUUAUGUUUCAAGAAACAUUUUCUAUCUACCUACUUGAUAUCCUUUUGAAUGCAGUAAGUAGAAACUACAGCUUUGUCUUUCUGUGUAAAUAAAGCAGCAAUGUACAUGAAAAUAUAUCUAAGACGUAAUAUAAUCAUUGUGGGUUGUUUCCCUAGCAGUUUCUCAGACUGAAUGAAAUAUCAGCACACAUGACUUGCUACAGCAAACACAUGCUGGAUGAAAUUAGAAGGUAAAUAAAAAAUUUUAAUUUAAAACAGUAAUUUGAAAAGGCAAAGGGAUAGUUUAGCCCUGUCAAGCAGAAGUUGCCCAUGAUAAAACAAUGUGAGAAAAGAAUAAUCAGUUUUGAUAAUUUAGUUAAAUCAUAUGUUAUGUAAGGCCACAAACAGAAUGUUUAUACAUUAUGAAAUUUGUUUCAAGAAAAUCCUAUGUUCAUAUUUCCUUUAUGUGGUCAGUGGUGUUAAUUUUUCGAAUUUUCCUUUAAUGUCAUUUUGUGAUUGGUAGACAGUGUGCUAUGAUUCUAAGAUCAUAUUCAGAACAGCAGCUCCAUUAGAUAAAACAUAAAUGGUCAGGUUGCAUCAUUUAACAAGCACUACUGUAACAAGUCAUUAUGAUGCUGAAUUUCUGUGCAAGGUUUUGCUCAUAGAUUCUGUUUAUCACUGUAUAUUUUUCCUUUAAUUUAUGUAUGUUUACUAUGUAAAUAACGUCUGGGGGUAGAUAUAUCUUAGGCCUCGUCACUAAGCGAUAUAAAAUCCCAAGAGCGAUAUUUUGGGAUUUGCAUGUAAAGAAGGGGUUGUUUCAUAUUUCAAAAGGUGCCAAUGGAUUAAAGAAACGAUUAAUGUGCAUGAAAAUAUAAUGCAAGUCUGAAGUUAACAAUACUCUAUUGUGAUAAAUGAAGUCAAGGGGAAACAAGUUUAUAUAGCAAACUUUUGUUUGAUGAUAAAUGAAGCUGUUACUAAUAAAAUUUUGAAACUUUUUUAUGGGUGUCAAGAGUGAUGUGUAGCACAUAAUUUAGAGAAUUUCAGUAUGUAUGAUUCUGACAAAUGACUGUUAUGUAUUGUGUGAAAUAGUACUUAAUGAUAACAUAUUAAGGGAUAUAUUAAAUUAACAAAUUUAAAAACAUUGUACACUAUAUUUGUGAUUUGUUUGCAGCACUUGGUAUCAGUGUGAGGUAAUGUAAAAUUAUGGUAACAUUUGAAAGUUGAAAUCAAAAUAAAAUUAUAACAUCAA